CAUGAACCUGUCACUGACAAUUGUGCCUCUUCUUCACCAGCUGUUCACUUACUUUGGAACACUUGAUGGUGGGCAAGCGAACGACCAGCCCCCAAUCAUUCUCGGUCCAAGUCCUCCCGCUCCCUCCUGACUGACAACUUGGGGCUGAUGAUUCAUGGACGCAGGACGGACUGCCCGAUCCGAGAUGCUUGGUGGAAAUCUCGUCUGUUUGAAGGAUCCUUCGCUUCAACGAAACACUCGCUCGCUCUAUCAAGACUCCCCAGGGACUGCCUGCUUACAAGUAGGCGGCUUCAUCUACACGGUCACAUCCACAACAUGUCACCUCGACUCGCGCGCCUCUGAUCAUCCCUGCGUCGACCCUUCGCCACCACUUUCGAAACCUCGUUAACCUUUCCUCUUUGACGCUUCUCAGACAAGCCCCGCCUCGCAUUCGUUACUCCCAUCACCGCCCUCUCUGUUCUUUUUCAGGACUUGGGGUUAUAUUUUCUCUGCCGGCCCGGGAAAAUAUCUGCGAUAUCUGCAACAUCUGUUCAAUCCUCUUCCAUCAGACACCCCUUCCGUCAAGAUGUGGUCCAUUGUCGGCCUCGGGGUGGCUGCUUACCUCCUGUACAGUGUGGUCAACACUUUGAUCUGCUUCCGCCGCAACGUGACCAAGGCAAAACACUCCGGGAUUCCGUAUGUUGUUGUUCCAGUAUACUACCUCAGCACGUGGUGGCUUAUGAGCCAUCCGCUAUGGCUGCCCUUUCUCGCCAAACUGCCCCGUAGCUGGACGCGAUGGGUGGACUUCUGUAUCCCGGACUUCUAUUACCGCCGCAGUAUCGAGGUCUUCCAGCAGGUCGGCGCCGACACCUUUCUUGUGGCUGGACCUGGAGGCAUAAUGAUGCACACUGCCGACCCUGCCGUCAUCAGCCAGAUCACCACGAGGAGGAAUGAUUUCCCCAAGCCCACGGCCAUUUACCGCUCCCUCGACAUUUACGGCAAAAAUGUUGUGUCAACCGAGGGCGCGGUCUGGCGUCAGCACCGCAAAGCCACCAGCCCGCCAUUCACGGAGAAGAACAACCACCUUGUGUGGGCGGAGAGCAUCGACCAAGCUUCAGACAUGUUGGCUUCGUGGGCUGGCCCGGAAGGAAAAGGCGACAUCACGGUAGACAGGGUCAUGGAUGAUACCAUGCGCCUGAGUCUGUAUGUCAUUAGCAGGGCAGGCUUUGGAAGGAAACUGGAAUGGCCCUCCUCUGAUGCCAAGGCCGACGUCGAUGUGAACUAUGUCGAUAAGUCCAAGAUUCAGAAUGAUCAGGGUGAUCGAGAUCUUGGCCAUUCGAUGAGUUACACCUACGCCAUCCACUGCCUAUUGGACAAUAUUCUGGUGCAAUUUCUCGUGCCCAGGUGGAUAGUGAAACGCAUGCCCUUCACGAGGUUUCAGAAGGCCAAUGAAGCCUAUUAUGAAUGGGGAAACUAUAUGAGGGAAGCCGUGGCAUCCAAAAAGAAGACGCUGCAGGGAGGAAAUGAGAACAGCAAGGACCAAAUGGAUCUGCUGGCCCAGCUGGUUAAAGGUCAACUCACAACGGAAAAGAGCAAAGACGUUCCUCUCACGGAUUCCGAGGUGCUUGGGAACAUGUUUGUUUUGAUCCUUGCGGGACAUGAGACCGCCGCCAACUCCAUCCACUUUUCCCUGCUCUAUCUCGCACUCAAUCCGAAGAGCCAAAGGGCUACGCAAAAGGAUCUGGAUCGGAUAUUUCAAGGGAAGCCCCCCUCUGAUUGGGACUAUGAUCGCGACUUACCUGCUCUUUUUGGAGGCAUGGUUGGUGCGGUGUUGGCAGAAGAGCUGCGGCUGGUCCCGCCUGUCAUAGGAAUACCAAAGUCGACCUGGGGUGUCCCUGAUCAACCGAUCACCAUUGACGGAAAGCCCUGCACGGUCCCCAGUGGGGUCUACAUCAGUCUUGCGACGAGCAAUGUCCAUCGAAAUCCCAAGUAUUGGCCCACAAGCAAACCAUCGCUGCCGGGCGGAAAAGCAGUGCAUCCCAUGGCGAAUCUCGACAACGACCUUGAGGAAUUCCAUCCAGAGCGGUGGCUCUUAGACGAAGGUAGCGAAGUCCAACAGGUGACAGCCAAUGGCAAGAAGGAAAUGCCGAACGAGACUGUCACUGCAGAUGGCUUGGGUAUCAACGAGGCAGCUGACACCUCGGAGCGAUUCUACCGGCCACCCAAAGGGGCAUACCUACCGUUCAGUGACGGGUAUCGCGCUUGCCUGGGAAGACGCUUUGCUCAAGUCGAAGUACUGGCCACCCUGGCAGUCAUCCUGCAGAAUUACUCAGUCGAGUUGGCAGUUGAUCAGUGGGCGACAGACGAGGAGGUCAUCGCCAUGGACGAGGAUGCUCGCGUGGAGGUCUGGCAAAAGGCUGCCCAGCGAGCGAGGCACUUGAUGCUCACGGGUCUCGGCGUCAUCAUCUCUCUGCAGAUGAGGGCUGGACACGUCCCUCUACGAUUUGUGCCCCGAGGCAAGGAGAGGUUCCCUGAUGAUGCGGACGAGCAGUGGAAGACGAAGCAUCCUGAUUUGUGCGAGGGAGCCCGGGCGACUCCUGGCUGGAGAUUCUGGGCUUCGUGAUUGGUCUCUCGCCUGCUGAAAGAUGCAUUGGUGGAUUGUCUCUAGCUCUGUCUAGCGAGCAUGUGCUUGAUAUGUAGGUGGUAGUCUGUUAGAAGCGUGUCAUUUGGUCAGUAGAAAUGGAGUGCUGGGCCGACGAGGUGAUGCCGAGACAUGCAGCACAUAGACAGGCCCAAACAACCAGCUGCCCUCAUCUUCUUCUCGUCUUGUUCUUCACCAUUCAAGCUU